UUUGUUGCAUGUUCACAUUCUUGCGAUCGAAUUCGUGCGACGUGCGUGUCGAUGAUCUUGAGUAGUUACGCAUUCAGAAUGUUCAUAGCCAAACAAUUUACAAGAUAUGAAACCCCAACUGACAGACUGAAGUGGCGAUCUAAGGCCAGGCAGCGUUCAUAGUUAAUUGGCAGCGGUUCGACAUUACUACUGUACAUCAUCUACCUCCAUGAUCAUACAUGGUGCUUUGUGCCCAGCCACUGCAUCCGCAUGGGGCUGUUCUAUGGUCUUAGGGUGGCUGCAACCGCCCAUCAAGUUUUGCUGUCAUAUAAUUACAGUGCCAGAGUACUUGUUGAGAAAGGAUAUGAUGAAAGUCUUCUUCAACCAUUUGAGAUAAACAAGGAUUUUUGCAUCAAAGGGAUGGUAUUUGAUUCAGCCAAUGGUGACUUUCUGAAGUUAUCGGACUCUGGUGUCAUCUUACGAGCAAGUCAUGGUUCUCGGAUGAUGUCAGAUGCUGAGAUACAAGACAAGUAUGGCCGAGACAGACAGUGGCAGUACUUCAGUCAACUUGAAAGUACUCUGGAGCAGUCGGAUAAGUUCAGUUACACUGAGAACUAUUAUGAUCUCCCAUGCAUGGUGCUGCUUGCUCGUUUGAUAGACUUGCAAGAGAACAAAAAUGGAAGCUUGAUUUUGCCAAAGGUCUACCAAGAUGUUAUUGAAGGAUAUGUCAAAGGAUUUCUGUAUAAAGAGAAACAAGCUACAAUUUUGUCUGCUUGUGAAGAGGAGCCUAGCAAGUACUUGGAGCAGUGCAGUGAGCAUUUGAAGGCUUGGCUGAGGAGUCUACGUGAUAAAUGUCAGAUGGUGUUCCUUCUGAGCAGCGCCCAUCCAGUCUUUGCAAAUUCUGCCAUGAGCUACAUUCUGGGAGAGGAUUGGCGUAGCUAUUUCCACAUCCUUCUACUACAGGCACGUAAGCCAGGAUUCUUCAGUGUACAAGAUCCUAGCAAGCGACCUUUCUAUACUGUGGUUGAUGGCCAACAGAGGGAAGAGGUAACAGAGCUGCAGGAAGGCCAGUCUUACUUGGAAGGCAAUGUCUUCUUAUUCAAUGAAUACAUCAAAAAGUUUACUGGCAAGGCAGACCCGAAGGUGCUUUAUAUUGGAGAUAGCAUUCGUUCUGAUGCCCACCCAAGUAGCAAGUAUGGUAACUGGCAAAAUGUGUUGGUACUUGAGGAAAUGGAAGUAGAGGAGCUCAUCCCCAGUGGACCCUGCACAUUGGAUUACAAGGAAGAGAAACAAGAGGAAGAAAGCAUAGAAACACCAAACAUUAGAUCAGGCCCCUCUGAGGUAGAGCGAGAGUUUCUCCUGUCUAACCGGUGGGGGUCAUUCUUUGGAGAUAACCUGCCAGUGGAUCGAUGCAAGAGUUCAGCUGAUCUAAAUGUUACUGAGACCAACCCAAUAAGGACAAACACACUGUGGACAAGAUUGAUCAGGAAACAUUCUAGCAUAGCCAUCCCCAAGCUAGAUUACAUGGCUGAUUUCCCAAUGAACUUCAAGUUUGAAACAUUUUCCAGCAGCGACUGGAGAAAAGGCUUCCACCCUGGAAUGCCAAAAAAUGUAACAUGCUGAGUUGUUGACAAAGGAAUUGUAACAACAUGCUAUACAUGUACAUGCUGCAGAUUCAGAACUUAGAUUUUACUAACUGGCUUCUUUUGGUGGAGACAGAGGAUCAAUUAUUAAAGGUAUCAGAUGAACAUGCAUGUACAUAUGCAUAUGUUUGGACUGGUCUAAAUUGAUGCACAGUAGCAAAUCCUUUUUUUCCCUGCUCCCUCAUUUAAUAUCAUUGGAAAAAUGAAAUAGCGGUUAUGCUUUGUUGGUGUCACAGAGGCUGUUCUUUGUUAUUUUAACCGCUUCUUGCCCGGGCAGUUAUCAAUGUUGAUGAUGCUGGGCCGGGAUAUUUAUCC